CGGGUCCCAGCACGUCGCUGUCGGCGCGAAGCGCAGCGUGCAGGGUGAUCGUGCACGUUGACUUGGACUGCUUCUACGCACAAGUAGAAAUGAUCCGUAAUCCUGAAUUAAGAGACAAGCCUUUAGGUGUGCAACAGAAAUCCAUCGUGGUUACCUGUAACUACGAAGCCAGAAAACUUGGAGUAAAGAAACUGAUGUCUGUCAAGGAUGCUAAAGAGAAGUGUCCUCAGCUGAUACUGGUAAACGGAGAAGAUCUAACCCCGUACAGGGAAACGUCCUACAAGGUUACAGAGUUGUUGGGGGAAUUUUGUCCGCUGGUGGAAAGACUUGGGUUUGAUGAAAAUUUUGUGGAUAUCACUGAGAUUGUGGAGAAAAGACUGAACCAGCUGCAGCAAAGUGGAUGUUCCAGAGUCUGCGUGUCUGGCCACGUGUACAACGACCAAGCCAUCAAUUUGCACGAUACGACGCACGUAAGACUAGUUGUUGGAUCUCAGGUUGCCCAAGAGUUCAGGGAGGCCAUCCACUUGAGACUGGACCUCACGGGCUGUGCAGGAGUGGCCUGGAACAAAUUAUUGUCUAAAUUAGUAUCUGGGACCUUUAAACCAAAUCAGCAAACAGUUCUUCUGCCUGAAAGCUGUCAAGAUCUAAUGCGCAGCCUUGGUCACAUCCAAAAAGUGCCCGGCAUUGGCUACAAAACUGCCAAACGUCUGGAAACGUUGGGUGUGAGGAACGUGUGUGAUCUCCAAGCGCUCCCGCCUGCCGCGUUGGAGAAGGAACUGGGCGUUUCUGUAGCUCAGCGUAUCCAAAAACUCAGCUACGGAGAGGAUGGCUCCCCCGUGACUCCAUCAGGCCCUCCUCAGUCCUUUAGUGAUGAAGAUUCCUUUAAAAAGUGUUCAUCAGAAGUAGAAGUGAAAGAGAAAAUUGAAGAACUGCUUCCUAACCUAUUGGACAGAAUACACAAAGAUGGACGCCAACCACACACGGUGAGAUUGAGCAUCCGCCAGUUCUCCUCAACCGACAGAUGGUUCCAUCGGGAGAGUCGUCAGUGUCCUAUUCCACCUCAUCUCAUCCAGAAAUUUGGAAAAGAAAGCAGCAACGUGAUGUCCCCAUUGGUUGAUAUACUCAUGAAACUCUUUCGAAAGAUGAUAGAUGUGGAUCUACCAUUUCACCUCACCCUUUUGAGCGUCUGCUUCUCCAACCUCAAAGAUCUUCCUAGCAGCAAGAAGGGAUCGAUUGGUUUCUAUCUAAAGCAGGUGUCACCACCAUCAAGCUCUGGUAAACGUGUCCGGGAAGUAGAAGAUGUCUCACAAGGUGAGGGAAGUGCUUCUUGGAACGACAACUGCAACAGAACUGGAACUGCAAAAACGAGGAAACUUUCAGAGGAAAAGAAAAGCAAUAUAAAAAAAGCAGGAACUCCUGACUUCCCAUUUCAUUUGUCUCGUAGUGAUAUUGACCAGGAAGUCUUCAGGGAACUUCCAGAAGAUAUUCAAAAAGAAAUUAUUUCGGAAAAAACAGAAGCAAUCCCUCCUGAGAAUGUUUCAGGUCAGCCAUCAGCAUGUUUUGUGACAGAGGUAUGCAGCACUUCCCCAAAUUCUAGGGGACUAAAGAGUACACUGCACCCUGCAGGGGGCACGUCACAUCUCACACCAGCUCACGAAUCUGCAACUGGUCUGGCGCACAGCUCCGGGGCCAGUUGUUCUUCCCGGUGUCCCAGAAGUGCACUGACAACAAAAAACCAACCUGCUGACUCUCUGAACUUCAGAGGGAGAGGUCUGUCAGCUCUGGAAGCUGGAGCCAGCCAUACUGUUCUGCGUGUCCCUGUCCUGGAUAAAGAUAAGCAGCCCUUGGAAACACCUUCUGAGGAGGAAACCUGUAGUAGGCAAGCAGGAAUUGUAUUUCCUCCUAAUGUUGACACCAAGACUUUUUAUGAACUACCUGCAGAUGUGCAAGAAGAACUGCUAGCUGAAUGGAAGAAUCAGGAACCUGUGUCCAGAACUUCUAUGGAUAAAGCCCCUGAAAAGCCUAAAACCAACAAAAGAAAAAGGAAUACGUGUUUAUCGCAGUCUAACAGUUUGCUAAGAUAUUUUAAACCACAGUGA